UGGAAACGGAGUGAGAGAGCCGAGGCAACAGCGGACACGGACGGACGCCCUCGCUCGUCUUCUUCUCGUGUCUAGCGGCACGGUUUCCAAAUGGCAACGACAGCGGACGACCAGCGGGAACCGGAGGACGUCGCCGCGCUGUCGACGCGCCCGGGCUGCCGCCUCAACGGCAACAACAACAACAACAACAAUAACAACAACAACAACAAAGACAGCGAGGCGGGAGAGAGCGCGACGUCCACCAGCGCCACCGCCAGCGCGUCUGAACCAGGCGGGCAGGCGUCGCAGAGCAUCAGUAACGGCUCGGUCAUCAAUCCCAACGGGGGGAAUAACGGGAAGUGGGUCCGGCUGAACGUCGGUGGCACGGUGUUCCUCACAACGCGGCAGACCCUCCUCAAAGAGCAAACUUCGUUCCUGUACCGGCUGUGCCAACAGCAGGACCUGCACUCGGACACGGAUGACUCUGGAGCCUAUGUGAUUGACAGAGACCCCACCUACUUCGGCCCCAUUCUCAACUACUUGCGGCAUGGCAAGCUGGUCUACAACAAGGAGCUGGCUGAAGAAGGUGUCCUGGAGGAGGCUGAGUUUUACAACAUCACCCCACUGAUCAAACUGAUCAAGGAGCGGAUCGUGGAGAGGGACUCCAAAGCCACACAGCAGGUGCCCCCCAAGCACGUGUACCGAGUGUUGCAGUGCCAGGAGGAGGAGCUCACCCAGAUGGUCUCCACCAUGUCGGACGGCUGGAAGUUUGAGCAGGUCAGCGUGCGCGCCUGCAGAAAGCCCCGCACCGGACUGCUCUGGACUAUGGUGAACAUUGGCUCGUCAUACAGCUACGGAACAGAGGACCAGGCUGAGUUUCUGUGCGUCGUGUCCAAGGAGCUCCACACUCCGGGAUCCGGCCUGGCUACGGAGCAGAGCCACAAAACCAAGCCGGCGGAGACGCAGGAGGAGGAAGCCGCUGUGGUGGUGGUGGUGGAGGAGGAGGAGGGAGGGAGAGGUACCACGCCAAAUGAGUGGCAUAGAGAAUGAGGGAGUCAUGAUUCUUUGUUCCAAAGAGAGGCGGGAAUGGCUCUUCCAGAUCCAUGGGUCCCGGAUGUAGAAAUCCCAAGAACUUUAAGUUAUUUUCUUUCUCGGCUUAUUACGACAUGGUGUAUAUGUGCGUCAAUGGACAGUCAUCAAAACAGAUUUGUAGCAUUAUCAGUUCAUUGACAAAAUGCCAGUUAGAAACAUUACCAGAUGACCAAAAAAAAAUAACUAAACAAAUCCUAAAUAUCCCAGUCAGGCACAGCAAGAUCUUCCAAAAUAGCUUCCAGUGAAACUAAUUUAAUCAGUAGAAUUAAACAUGUGUGCGAACGUCAUAUUGCCAAGGGCAGUAGUGGAGCUUAGUAAAUUCUAACCAAAGAUCCAGAUUAAAGCUGAACCACGGUGCUGAACCCGACCAUGACACAAGAAAACAUCGUCUUGUCUUCGUUACCCGGUGAGGAGCCGUGAUCUGACAAAGGACGUGAAAGGAUCGGAUCUGCGUGGCGCGUCUUUGGAUUAUUACGUUUUCUAAUGUUAACACAACACCGUCGUCAUUUAGUUUGCACUUGAUCCCCUUCGGCCGGGAAACAAACCAUACACAGAAGGGAUCCAACUUGCUGUUGACCCGCUAACAUAUUUAGCCAGCGGCAACUUUACGUGGUCGUGAAGCUUGUGAGAAAUAAUGAUGGUCAUUUCAUUUUUGGGCGGUUUGAUCUCAUUGUGCGCGGACUCCACAGGAGCAGAUACAAAGCCUACGAAAGCUUGCUUUUGUAUCUAUUUAGAGAUGGCCUCGAAUGUGAGUCAGUGUGCCUUCGGUUCUGUGUUGCGUCGGGUGCGUCGACCCGGGCCUAUCAGCAUGCAGGGCGAGUUAUUUGCAAACCAUCAGAGUUAGGUUUCACACAGGUUUCAUCCGGGUCCAGACAGAAACGGUCAUCCAACAGAGCUCACACUAAGAGCCAGCCAGCGGUACGCUCACUGCACCUGCACAAACACACACGCUGCUCUACAUUAUCCCCCUGCACCAACACCCUGUCGCGCGCUGAUACACACCUGCAGCAGCUUGUGCCGGUGCAGCAGCAGCGUCGUCGUCGUCUUAGUCUGUCGCCUUGGCUGAGAUCCACAGCCAGCUUUGGAACCAGCUGACAGAGAGCUGUCGGAAAAGGCUGUAACAGAGAAGGGUAGAGGGCAAGAGGGAGAGAGGAGGGGGAGGGGGGGUGAUAGUCACAUAAUGUAUUUUGUCGUCAUCUUUGCCUGUGAAAUAAGGAGCAGCAGAUCUGCCGCAGUGCAGGUGUGUGAUUGAAAAGGGGGUUUGAGAAGCAGUUGGAUCAGGCCGGACUUUUAACAGCCUCUGUUGGCAACUUGUAGGAACUGCACCACGGAUCAAAGUCGUAUCCCCUGCACAAGUCUGUGGCACGCAACCCCCCCGACCGUUUUUAUAAUGCUGUGUCAUGAAAUUAAUUCACAAGGUUUCAACAGCACAUUUACUGGAAACGCUGGAGGUGUGGUGGUUGAAUGCUGGGAAAUAACCGGGCGUUAUUACUCGAAACGCGCUUCUAGCCGGGAACACAUCUACGAGAGUCAUGGCGUAGCUUGUCAGAAAACAUUUAACCACAUAAAACAUAGAAAACUCAUUGUCGGACAGAUGCUGAUGGAAGCGGCAAGAAUUGGGGUUUCGCUUGAAGCAUUUCUUGGAGGCAUAAAUAACUCAAAAUAAUUGAGUUCAUCUGCAGCGGUAGGGGCCAAAAACAACAACAAUACAAACACUACAACAUAUCUAACCCAGCUGAGAUUCCAAAUUGAAGUUAGCUAUACGAGCCAGCAGCUGUCUAGAUAAGAUGGUUAGCAGCAUUCCAACAUCAUGUACAGCUGUCCUUAGGGUUGGCAAUAUGGCUCUCCCCCCCCCCUGCUGUUUAGCUCCUGUGUAACACUGUCUGACCAGCAACACGUAGUAUGGAAACGCACUCGGGCUGCUUUAUACAGACAUUAAGCAGUUCGAGUUUCAACUUGAGACAAUCAAGAAUUAAGAUCAUAGUCGGC